GAAGGCAGCUCCCAGCUUUCCAGCAGCAGCAGCACAGCGGAGCGGAGCAGCACUACCAUAUACAGAUCCUGUGGCUGCACCCCAGAGCCAGUGAGAAGAUGAAGAAUUUGGCAGUUGGUCUAGCUGUUCUUAUUUUGGUGGCAGUGAGAACAUGCCGUGGAGGCUGUGGGGACUCACAAGGGGAGCAGGGAUCAACUACACAGCUUAAGAGAAGUUCAGAUAUUUACAAGCUUCCAGCUUCCCUACUGAAGAGAUUCUACGAUGAUGAUUCAUUUGUUGGGCUUAUGGGCAAAAGAAAUUCUGAUUUCAAGGAAUUCCCUUCUCUGCCUUUAAAACGAGAAAUGAAUGAUUUUUUUGUUGGUUUAAUGGGAAAAAGGAAUUUACAAACAGGGAAUCCCACUGAGGAAGAAAAUGAAGCCCGACCAGACACCAGAUACUCAACAAAAUGUAGAAUGAAGUUUAGGAUGUAGUGAUCAUCUUCUCAACCAUUCUUCAGACUUCAAAUACCAACCAAGUUGAAUUUCUUCUUUUGUACCAAGGAUACAAAACCCACCUGUAUUGCAAUAUCUCACAAGAUCUUCACAAUAUAAAAUGUCCAGCCAUACCCGCAUUGAUCAUUACAACAUGAUGGAUUAAACAGGAAUGAAAAAUGGAACCAUACCCCACAGAUUCUCUGACAUUCACAUCUAUCUAAGAUAUUUUAUCAGAUUUCCAGUCAUUUUCUUAUAUCUAGCUUAAUGAUCUAGCUCAAUCUGAUCUGCACUUAUUAUAUCAGGUGCUUACUGAGGGGUAAUUAGGAUAAAGGCACAACAAUAUUCAUUGGCAUUAAAACCCACAGUAACCAAUUAGGCGUUUGAACUUGUUCAUUGAUUACUCUUUUUAUUCAA